GCCCCUACACAUAACGCUAUGCUCACGGUAAAAAUUUGUAUCGCUCUGCUGCCGUUCUUGGCGCUGGUCAGAGCCAAUGCCAUUGGCCAGCAGCCGCAGCUGCAGCACCUGCUGUCGGAGCACUUUGAGGAGCUGGCCAAGGCGAUCAAGGGCGACGAAAAGGGAACGGAACCCCGCCUAGUGGAACGCACAAUGCAGAAGAUAAAGGACGACCUGGCCAUGGAAAUGUCAGCGCGCAUUAUAGGCGGCUACGAUGUGCAGGGCGUGGACAAUGCGCCCUAUCUCGUCUCACUCAGCCUGACGCCGCUCAUCUACAGCCAUCAGUGUGCCGGCGCCAUCAUUGGCAAGCGCUGGGUGCUGACCGCGGGCCAUUGCGUGGAGGAGCUGCGCCGCUUCAAUGGCGACGUGAUUGGCAUUCCCAUCUAUGCAGGCCUCUCCAAUCGAUCGAAUGUGAGCGACGCUCAGGUGCGUCUCGUGGACUUUGCGGCGACGCAUCGCCAAUUCAACGGUGCCGCCGGCAGCGACAACAUCGCCCUGCUGCACGUCUCCCAGUCUUUCGUCUACUCGAAUCGUGUGCAGCAAAUCGCGCUGCCGGAUCUCGACGAGGACUACAGCAACAAGACGGCUGCUCUCUAUGGCUGGGGCCUGACCACAGCUGAUGGCGAUGAGUAUUCCAAGAAGCUGCAAUAUGGAUUCGCUCCGCUGCUGAACAGCGACCAGUGCGCCAAGCUGCUGCCUUCGGAUGCGCCGCUCACGCGGAAACAGGUGUGCACUCAGGUGAAGGCAUGCUAUGGCGAUGGCGGCAGUCCGUUGGUCUACUGGCCCUUAACUGGACCCGCUGAGCUUGUGGGCCUGGGCUCCUGGAGCUAUAUGCCCUGCGGCUAUGCUGAUCGGCCAACGGUGUACACCUCGGUGCCCGCCUACGUCGAUUGGAUAUACCAAGUGAUUAGCGCCUACUACCAGCUGAACUGAGUAGUCCCUAAAUUCAAGUCUUGUCAACAUGAUCUUUGCGUAAUACAUUUACCACCAAUUAAAGCAAACAACAACAA